GUGUGUCCUGCCGCCGCCAUGGGCGUGCAGCCCCCCAACUUCUCGUGGGUGCUCCCGGGCCGGCUGGCGGGGCUGGCGCUGCCGCGGCUCCCCGCGCACUACCAGUUCCUGUGGGACCAGGGCGUGCGGCACCUGGUGUCCCUGACGGAGCGCGGGCCCCCGCACAGCGACAGCUGCCCCGGCCUCACGCUGCACCGGCUGCGCAUCCCGGACUUCUGCCCGCCGGCCCCCGAGCAGAUCGACCGCUUCGUGCGGAUAGUGGACGAGGCCAACGCGCGCGGGGAGGCGGUGGGGGUGCACUGCGCCCUGGGCUUCGGCCGCACGGGCACCAUGCUGGCCUGCUACCUGGUGAAGGAGCGGGGCCUGGCUGCCGGAGAUGCCAUCGCUGAAAUCCGGCGCCUUCGACCCGGCUCCAUCGAGACGUACGAUCAGGAGAAAGCCGUCUUCCAAUUCUACCAGCGGACUAAGUAAGGGGCCUCAGCUCCUGUCUGCGUCCCGGGCCCUGACCCAUGUGUUCAGUGGGGCCAGAGACAGGGACAUGCACUGAAAGCUAAGCCCUCUGGCUCCUGCUGGCUCGGGAGACUGAGUAGCUGUUCCCCGCAGGCCGGUCCCGACUGAGGAGCUGGGUGCAGCCGCACUGGGGGGUUGGGGGGUCCCUCUGCUGCUUCCCUGAAUAAAUAACUUCUAAGAACCAGCC